AGAGUUUGUGUAGGCGAGGAUGAGAUGAGUGAUGGAAUGCAAUGCAUUGACCAUCCUCAUAGAAACAACACUUCUGGGAUCUGUGCCUUUUGCCUCCAAGAUAAGCUUGGCAAGCUUGUCUCUUCCUCUUUCCCUUCUUCUUUCUCCUCUUCUUCUUCUUCUUCUUCUUCCUCUUCUCCUUCUUUCAGAUCCCACACUGCAUAUUCCAUUACUACUGCUGCAUCAGCACCACCUCCUGCUACUUCUUCCUCUUCUUCUUCUUCUUAUUCUUCUCUUUCCCUCUCUGUCCCUCCCACCUCUGCUAAAAAGAACGGUGCUGGUGAUCAUGAUUAUUACAUGCGCUCACUUCUUCCUUUUCUCGUAGCAAAGAAGAAUAAGAAGAACAAACCCUCCACAAAGACAUCUUCAUCUUCCUCUGACAUCAUUUUCAAGCGCAGCAAGUCCUCUGCCACACAAAGAAGAGACCAGUUCGUAGAUGACGAGGAUUUUAGUCCAAGGAAAAGAAACGGUUUUUGGUCUUUUCUCUAUCUUUCUUCAAAACCCUCUGCUUCUUCUUCUUCUUCUUGCAGCAAGAAAUUUGAAGGCAAAAGCUUCAGCGAUAUCAAUGGUAGCACAAGGAUCUCAACUGGGAAGCAGAGGGACAAGUGUUUGAAGAGUGACAUGGUUGUGGAAGAGGAUGCUUUUUCUUUGGAGCGCAAGGUUUCGAGAUCUAGAUCCGUUGGAUGUGGUAGCAGAAGCUUCUCUGGUGAUUUCUUCGAGAGAAUCUCUACUGGGUUAGGGGAUUGUACUCUUAGAAGGGUUGAGUCUCAACGUGAAGGCAAUAAGCCCAAGGUAGCAGCUGCAGCAGGAGGCGCCGCCGUGAGCCGUGGCGGUGAUCACCACCACCAUAACUGCAUGAAAGAAAGAGUGAAGUGUGGUGGAAUAUUCGGUGGGUUCAUGAUGAUGACUUCUUCUUCUUCUUCUUUAUCAUGUUCCUCUUAUUGGGUUUCAUCCUCUGCGGAUGAUAGCAUGAAUGGUGAAUCAAGUUGGGGUUGGGCAUUUGCUAGUCCUAUGAGAGUUUUUAGCAAUAAAACCUCUUCUAAGGAAAACAAAAGGGAUGGUAUUAGAGAUGCUUCUGAUAACAACGCUACUCCAAACUUAUCUGCUAUUCCUUCGUUACUCACUGUCACAGGUUAA